AUGGAUGCCAAGAAUGCACAGCGGCGCGAGGAGCUCAAAGCCCUGAUUGACGAACGCUUCCAGGGUGUUGUCAGUGACCGCGCUUACAAACGCUUGAAGGAUGUGGUGGGAACUCACCGAGAGCAGCCUUUCGAGGUGCCCGGUCCUUGGCUUCAAUUUACUCCAAACAAAGCACAGGAAAGGCGGAAGCUCAUGUCGGAUAUUCGGGUCAUGAUUCGAACGCUUCACCCGAACUUCGAAUUACAACAUCGCCAUGCUGUUGCCAUUAUGAUGGCGUGCCCUGAGAUGAUUGGCCCCCGCGGAUUACUGUCACAUGGAAGACCGCCUCAAGUCCUGCUGAAUGCUCUCGAUAAUGUCUUUAACUUUCAAAGGCACUUUGUACAACAAAAUGCGCCAGAAGGAGGUAAUUCAGGCGACGUCCAGCAGGAAGAUGGGCAAGCAGACAACUCUUCGAUAACCCGAAAGUCACGCAGCAAGCCGGAAAGGGAGGAAUGCCACAAGUACGAUGAUGGCAUGUGCAUCGUAACAAAGACGGCUCACCCACAUGUCUGCCACAUCGUUCCGUUUUCCUUCAAUUCCUCCAAAGCCAACGCUGAGAAGACCAAAUCCUACAUUGACGCCAUCGGUGUAAUGUUUGGACAGGAGUUUCACGAUCGAUGGAGGAACGUAAUCGCCAACCCCCAUCCCCAUGGCAGAGGUUACUCUGAUAAGCACUGGAACAUGCUUUGUCUGAGCCCUCAGUUGCACGACUGGUGGGGAAGAGGUUACUUUGCGUUCGAGUACAUCAAGUCUGUACAAUAUGGUGAGGAUGCCAGGAUUGAGCUGGAGUUUCACUGGAUGCCCAUAACUACCUUCAGCUAUCAUGAUCGAAAAGGUGUAACCGCGCAUUGGGAUGGCAUUCAAGAUGCGCUUCGACACCAUCAUGCCACCCAGGCCGACGACCCUACCACCCCUUCCACGUUCCCUGGAGACCAUCAUCAACGGGCUCCUGGAUUUGUAAAGGCCUUUCUCGAUAAUGGGGAACCACUUACAACGGGGUACAGAGUUUACGUCUGGAGACCGCAGAAAGUUGUGGGAGCUUUCAAGGCAAUGGUUGAUUUGCAGUAUGCUGCUAUCAAGAUGUUAGCUCUCUGUGGUGGUGCAGGCAACCCUGACCUGCUUGGAAAGGACGAUGACGACGAUACCGUGGCUGGUGCGUCGGUCAGUAGCUUCAAUGCUUUCGUCCAGUCUGUGGGUAGCACAGAAGAACCGGAUGUCCAGCUUGAUGGUCUCCGAAUCUAG